CUCUGGGCGCCAACGCCUUCCAGCAGCCACACAGCCUCUGCCUUCCGCCACAUCUGCAGCCUCCCCGGAGCUCGAGAUGGACCCCAACUGCUCCUGCGCAUCUGGUGACGCCUGCACCUGUGCUGGCUCCUGCAAGUGCAAGGAGUGCAAAUGCACCUCCUGCAAGAAAAGCUGCUGCUCCUGCUGCCCUGUGGGCUGUGCCAAGUGUGCCCAGGGCUGUGUCUGCAAAGAGACAUCUGACAAGUGCAGCUGCUGUGCCUGAUGUGGGGACAGUUCUGUUCCCAAGUGUAAAUAGAGCAAUUGUACAAACCUGAAUUUAUUUUUCAUAACAUUUGGGACUUCUUUUCAACAUUCCUUUUUUUGUGUGUGAAGUAUGUGAAUUGUAAUAAAAAUU